AUGCUAACCAGAUGGUUUCAAAAUGAUUCAUGGGAACAUUUGAAUCUUAUCUCUAAAGAACCAUUUAUUGGAGUGUCAUCUCUAAAAGUUCAGGAUAAAAGUAUACAACAAAUUAUUCCUAAACAUUUUAACAACGUUCAGGAAAUUGUGGUUCAGCAUCAUGUACAAAAGAAGGUAGAAUACGGCAGACUUAUAGGUAAUUUCAAAAAGGCUCUAAAUUAUUCGAUAGAAGAUAAUGAUCAAAAGAAUUUGAAUGAACUUAUUUUGUUUUAUAUUUCAAGAAAGAAAAAAAAGUGGGAGGCUAAUGCUCAAUCAUUAAUUAUUGAAGAUCAAGCGUCGAAUAACAAUAAUAUUGUAAAACUAGUUGAUGGUCGCAUAUAUAAUGCAGAUGUUCAAGAUCCAAUUGCAUAUCAGGGUAAAGGUAGACCUACUACUAAGCGUUUAAAGAGUUUUACUGAAGAAAAUAGUAAAGCAGCUGCUAGCAAUACGAAACACACAAAUAGUGGUAACGAAGAGAAAGGAAUUGAAGUAUCAG